AUGAACCCCGCUCCAGAUCGACUGCCCCGGCUUCCCGCCUGUCAGUUGUGUUAUCAGAAGAAAAUCAAAUGUGACAGUACAAGGCCAGCAUGCACCCCUUGUUCAAGAACGGGUAACGACUGCAUCGUGCUUAACUCUGGUGGCGAAGAAACACUCUCUCGAGCAGAGAUUGAUCGUUUAGAGCAGCGUGACAAAGAAUUAUCUCAAACUUUACAUACUUUUCAUGUCGAUGAAGCCUCAACAAGCAAUACCACGGACCAGCCCACCGCGGAGGCCGAUCCGGCGGUCACCUCGAUUGAGAACUCUACUGUCUCACACGGUGAGGGACUAGGAUUUAUGGCUUCGCUGUUCACCGAUCCAGAUUUGAGAAGAAAUAAUAUAGAACUACUUCAACUGCUGGCAAGAGUCCCAGGCGCCCCUGAGCCUGCAAUUCAACCUUGCGGUCUUCCUUCUAAUGAAGAUGGCGAGUUCCUGUUCGAAAAAUAUCUGAGUUGGUCUCACGUGCAGAGUCCUUUUCUUCGUCGAGACGAGGUCAAGUCUCUCUCAGGCCGGGUAUUUUUACUCGUGCCGGCUGAUCAACCCGCUUCAAAUCACGAUUUGUUUCGCGCAUUCAUGAUUCUCGCAGUGGGCGCAGUAUUCCCAUUCAAGAACGGUACUCAUAGCCAGCACCCGGAAGGAUACUACCUCGCCGCUUUGCAACACAUGGGGUCGGACUUUCUUACACGAGGCUUGGCCUCUAUCCAAGACCUUCUUUUGAUAUGCCGAUUUGGUAUAUACCAUCGUAUAGGCACGUCAAUCUGGGACGUGAUUCGGCUUUGUGGUCGUCUAUGCAUCGAACAAGGCUUACACCUUAACGAAAAUCCCUCUUCGAACUUCAUGCAGGCCCAAAUGGAACGACGAGUAUUCUGGCAGUUUUACAUGAUCGACAGAUAUAGUUCUACAUUACUUGGAAAACCAUUCGGUAUCGAUGACCGCGACAUUGAGACCAGCUUUCCAGCAGAUGCAAAUGACGAGGAUCUCGUUACUGCAAAUCAAUCUUCAAGAGAUUUUGCUGCUUUUCGGCUGUCGCAUAUCACGCUUGAGACGACAGAGAUGACCGUUUUCUUUACCUCCGUGCGCUUGCGACAGAUCUCGUCCAGAAUCCACACCGAGUUCUCUAAGCUUGCGCGCAACUACUUCGAGUCUUCGCAGAGUCAUUUUGCUCCCGGAUAUAUAUACACAACUCUGAGCCGCCUGAUGCAGGAGCUACAGCAUUGGAGAGAUGAUUCUCCGGUCUUUCAACAGCCAAAAUGUUUUUAUGAGUCGCAGAGUUGGUAUGAUCUAUUGCUAGCCAGGGAGGAGCUUUACCUUGUCCGACGAGCCAUUGACCUCGUGCCCAAACGAGACAGAAAGACACCUCGUCAUAUCUGCAUUUUAUGCCUCAGGACUGCACUUCGAACCAUUUGGAUCUAUUCAACACUGUGUCAACAGCGCCCACUCAUCACACACACACGCAGCUAUUUUCAUAUGAUGUUUACGGCUGGUCUAUCUGUACUGUUUUGUGUUUCAACGGCAACAAAGCUAGAGAAAGAAGACAUCUCAGAUGCCACAGCCGGUCUGUUUCAAUGUGAAGAGACAUUGAGGGACAUGGCCGAGCAGCUACCAAGUGCAAGACAAUAUGCUGCUGUUUUCGAAGCUCUUCGGCGCGAUACCACGCGGAAACUGAACAAAAUUCUCGACACAUUACAAUCAGACAACGCAUCCCAGAACAUAGGGCCAGAUAACGUGACCCCAGCUUUCCGACCAUCAUCAUUGGAUAGACCAUCAAAUGCUCUGAGAGCCCCAGACUACUUGAUCCUCGGCUCGCGGGGCUCCUCGCAAUCCAACAUUCUGGGCGCGAAUCUCAAUGCGACACUUCAAGAAGACAACUUUGGAGGAAGCAUUACAAAUAACGUCCCGUUUUCGUUCCCCAUGGAGAGGAUUGUACCAGGGGACACCGCAAUGUCACUCAGUAGUGUGAGAGACAGUCAUGCGGCGCUGGGGGUAUCAGAUGACUUCUCGCCAAGAAGCGAUCUCUUUGACUGGGCAUUCCUGAAUGAUGAGACUUUGUGGAACAUGGAGUCUGUCUUGGGAGAAUAUGUGUAUGGAGACCCAGAUAGACACAUCGGGGCUCUGGAUGCUUUCGAUUUCCAAUAG